GGGCGUCAUUGAACGUCGACUCCGAUACUCGCAGUCGCGUGCUCCUUAUCAAGCCUCGACCACCCCUUCCUUCAUUGGCUUUGAUCCAUUGGCAUGGCAGAGGCGCCAUGAUGGAUGAAAAGAACAACACCCUGCCGCCGUACAGCGCCGUCGUGGCCCCGUCUGGCCGCUGGCCGCGGCUGCGCGGACGACAUGGCUCGCCGCGUCGGCGUCGCGCUUUCAAGCUAUUUGCCCUCGCGUGUCUGACGCUGCUCGUCGUCGCGCAGUGGAAGCAGAUCUGGCGCUCCAACGCCCGCGCCCCGAGGCUUUCGCUGGCGAAGCUCAACGAUGAUCUCGCGACGUGCAAGCGCCUGCGGCACACGCCCAAGGACCCCGUCGGCCUCGGCCGUGACAGCAACGCCCGCUACAUCGACGGCGCGAAGCCGACGCUCAUCAAGAACGCCACUAUCUGGGUCGGCGAGCCUGUCAAGGGCACCAGCGAGGGGGACGCCAGGGCCGGCAAGGGCUGGGAAUGGACCACGGGCGAUGUCCUCCUCGAGAACGGCCUCAUCGCACGCGUGGAGACGCACAUCGACACCCGUCGCCUUUCCGAGGACACGCUCGUGUACGACGCCGCGGGGAGGCAGCUCACGAGCGGCAUCAUCGACAUGCACAGUCACACGGGCGUGGACUCACUGCCCGAGCUCAACGGCAACUCAGACACGAACGAGAUGUCGGACAACAUCACCCCCUGGGCGCGCUCCAUCGACGCCAUCUACCCCUUUGACCCCCAGAUUCAGGUCAUCAAGUCGGGCGGUGUCACCACGUCGCUUGUCCUGCCGGGCUCGGGCAACAACAUGGGCGGCGAGGCCUACCUCGUCAAGCACGCCGUGGGCCGCCGCGACGGCCGCCGCGAGAUCAGUGCCGCUGACAUGCUGGCCGAUCCGGACCGCACCUGGCGGUACAUGAAGAUGGCCUGCGGCGAGAACGCCAAGAAUGUGCACGGCGGCAUCGGGAAGCGGCCCUUUAGCCGCAUGGGCGAGAGCUACGACUUCCGCCACGCCUUUGAGCGGGCGAGGGAGCUGAUCCGGCGGCAAGACGACUGGUGUGAAAAGGCCGAGGCCGUAGGCGUCGAGGGCAUGGGCGAGUACUUGCCGCAGGAGAUCUUCUGGGAGUCUCUCGGGGCGGCCUUGCGCGGACAAGUUCACAUCAACAUUCACUGCUACACGGUCCCCGACCUGGAGGCCAUGGUCGACCACACCAACGAGUUUCAGUUUCCUGUCCGGGCCUUUCACCACGCCCACCAGACAUAUCUCGUGCCAGAGAUUCUGAAUCGCACCUGGGGCGGCCGAACGCCAUCCUCAGCCAUCUUCGCCGACAACAUGUACUACAAGAUGGAGGCGUAUGUCGGCUCCGAGUACGCGGGCAAGUACCUGUACGACGCGGGCCUGACGCCCAUCUACGUGAGCGACAACCCCGUGCUCAACGCGCAGCACGUGCUCUUCGAGGCGGCCAAGGGGUAUCGCUACGGACUGCCGUACCACGCGGCGCUGGCGGCCGUGACGACGGCCCCGGCCGACGAUCUCGGCAUGGGCCAGCGUCUCGGCAAGGUGAAGCCGGGCUUCGACGCCGACGUGGUUGUAUGGGACAGCGACCCGCUGAGCGUGGGCGCGGCGCCCGUGCAGGUAUGGAUCGACGGCACGGCGCAGUUUAAGGACCCCGUCGAGCUGCCGAAACCGCGAGACGGGCCCAUCGUGCCGGACGAGGCGCUGGCGAACAUUAUCGAGGAACCGACGGCGUUUGCUGACGCCCUGUUUACGGGCGUUACCAAGGUGUUGCUGGCGUCCGGCCGGGAUGAGCAGACGUCUUCCGAUGGCAAGCCUGUCAACGUGGUCAUCGCCAAGGGCAAGAUCACUUGCAUCGGUCCUUGCGAACCCGAGUUCUCGGCCGCCACCGCCGCCGGCGUCAAGCCCGUGGCGCUCAAGAAUGGCUACCUCACGCAUGCCUUCACCGGCGUCGCGGGAACGCUAGGUCUCAACGAGAUCGACGCCGAGAGCGCGACGGACAAUGGCGACAACCCGUACAAGUUCACGCGGGCCGUCGACGGGCUCCAGCUGGGCGGCAAGAAGCUGCACGCGGGCGCCAAGUACGGCGUGACGCGAGCCAUCUCGGCGCCCAAGUUCACAGGCGGGCAGUCGCACCACGGGACGAGCGUCGGUUUCGUCACGACGGCGGCGACGAGCCUCGAGCGCGGCGCCGUCUUCGCCGAGGACGUGGCCGUCCACUACACGCUGGACCUUGGGGUGCGCACCCGGGACAGCUACUCGGGCGCGUUUGGCGAGCUGCGGACCAAGCUCAUGGACGCGGCGAGGGCGACGCGUGACCCUGCGGAUGCGUACUCGGAGUUUGCGUACCUGCGCAGGGUCGUCAGGGGCGACAUGGUGCUGGCCCUGACGAUCAACAGCGCCGACGGCAUCGCCACGGCGCUGCGCAUCAAGACGCAGGUGGAGGAUGCCCUGAGGGGGAAGACGAACGACGACGACGGCGACGACAACGGGCGACGACGCAUCAUCAAGAUGGCCAUCCUCGGCGGCGCCGAGUCGCACCUCGUGGCGGCCGAGCUCGCGGCGGCGCACGUCGGCGUCAUCCUGCUCCCGCUGCAGCCGAUGGCCGCGACGUGGGACACGCGCCGCACGCUGCCGGGCGCGCCGCUCACCAACGGCACCACGGUCGACGGGCUGCUCAACGCGGGCGUCACGGUGGGCGUGGGCCUGCCCGAGGACUGGCGCGUGCGCGACCUGGCGCUCGAGGCGGGCACGGCGCUCCGCAACGGCGCGGGCAGGCUGGGCGAGCGGGAGGCGCUGGCGCUCGUCGGAGGCAACAUUCACAAGAUAUUGGGCGUGAAGGCGGAUGAUGGCGAUGGGGAUGGUGAGGACGGUGAGAGGAGGCAUUUUGUGGUUAGUGAGGGGAGUCCGCUCGAGAUAGGGGGGCGGAUCAAGGCGGUCGGCACGGGUAGGGGGGAGGUGCUCGUCUAUGUGUGAUGGGGAGGGCAUGGCGUGUGCGUGUUGCAGUAAUUUUAGUUCAUUUAUAACGUUGCCCAAGAGUUGAGGAACUCCAUCGGCGCCCAUUCUCGGGACUCUUCAAGAUCCAUAUGACUUUUGAUGGUAUGGCGGCAUCAUUGAUGUGUGAUAGUUGUGAAGAUGGAGGACAUAGGCGCUCUCGCGUCGCGACCAGGGCCGAUAGUAGGGUGAGCAUCGUCGGAAAUCGUCGGAAGUUUGCGCCAGAGUCGCUGACUUGGAGACUACUCCGUUGAAUCUCAUACUAG